AUGACAUUAAAAAUCUGGAGUAUGUCAAAAGAAACACUUGUUCAUAAUUUCCAAGCACAUAAUAAAGAAAUUUAUACAAUUAAAUGGAGUCCAACUGGUUCAGGAACAACGAAUCCAAAUGCAACAUUACUUUUAGCAAGUGCAUCAUUUGAUUCAACUGUACGUUUAUGGGAUGUUGAACGCGGUGUUUCUCAAAAUAUACUUGUAAAACAUUCGGAACCUGUUUAUUCAGUUGCUUUCAGUCCAGAUAGUCGCUUAUUAGCAACUGGUUCAUUUGAUAAAGCAAUUUAUAUUUGGGAUAUUGCACGAGGAAGAAUUGUUCAUGGUUAUCGAGGUACUCGUGUUGGUGCAAGUGCUUCCGACGGAACAAUCAAUGUUCUAGCACGUAAAAACAACUAA